CUCCUUUUUUUUUUUUAAUCUAUUCUUUUCAAAAUUAUUUUAUUAUUUUUUUAAAAUCUUCUUAAAUAUAUUUGUAUGCAAAAUGGGUUCAAGUCCACGAACAGUUGAAGAGAUCUUUAAAGAUUAUAGCGCCCGUCGUUCCGGCAUCAUUCGUGCUUUAACUCAUGAUGUUGAUGAAUUCUAUGGACUGUGUGAUCCAGAUAAAGACAACCUAUGUCUAUAUGGACAUCCAAAUGACAGUUGGGAAGUCACUCUUCCAGCAGAGGAAGUUCCGCCAGAGCUUCCCGAGCCAGCUCUUGGAAUCAACUUUGCAAGAGAUGGCAUGGUUCGAAAAGACUGGCUCUCACUAGUUGCAGUCCACAGUGACUGCUGGUUGCUCUCUGUAUCUUUCUAUCUUGGUGCACGGCUAACUAAAAAUGAAAGGAAGCGGCUGUUUAGCAUGAUUAAUGAUCUGCCCAAUGUUUUUGAAGUUGUGAAGGGACAAAAGCAUGUAAAAGACAGGCCCAGUGCAGAUAGUGGAAGUAAAUCUAAGGGCAGUACAAAGAGAUCAAGUGACGGACAUGUUAAAAAUAUCUCGAAGGUUGCAGUAGAAGAGUAUGAGGAGGAAGAAGAUGAACAUGGUGACACACUGUGUGGCACCUGUGGUGGAAACUACAGUGAAGCCGAGUUCUGGAUUUGCUGUGACAUCUGCGAGAAGUGGUAUCAUGGCAAGUGUGUGAAAAUAACACCUGCAAAGGCUGAUACUAUAAAGCAGUACAAAUGCCCGUCUUGCAUGAAACGAAACAAACCCUAGUGCUGAAAAUCGAUGAAAAUAACACCUGCAAAGGCUAGUCAAUUUACUUCUAAAAGAAAAAAAUGUUGAUGCUGUUUCUUAUUGUUGUGAAAGAUCAAUGCAAUGAUGAUGCUAUACUUACUGGUAUUUCAUGAAGGGGAAGCUUUACCUUGCUCUUCAUCUGUUACUUAUCUUUUUUCUUUUAGUACCAAGGAGUUGCCCCUUGUUGAAAGGGGUUGAAUUGUAGCUGAUACUCAUUUGUAGAUUACAAUUAUCCUAUCAAUUGGGUGAUGUGUUUCUCGUUUAUAA